AUGCUCGAGGGUGUGCUGGCAUCCGUACUUAACCGCUUUCUGGCGGCCUACGUCGACGGCCUCAACACCAGCCAGCUCAACGUCGGCAUCUGGAGCGGCGAUGUCAAGCUCAAGAAUCUCCGCCUAAAGACGAGCGCGCUCGACAAAUUCCGCCUGCCCAUCGACGUCAAGGAGGGCUACCUCGGCGACCUCACCCUCUCGAUACCCUGGUCCAACCUCAAGGGCAAGCCCGUCCGCGUCCUCGUCGAAAACGUCUACCUCCUCGCCGCGCCCAAAAACAGCAGCGUCGAAGUCGACGAGGCAGAGGAAGAGGAGCGCGCACAGGCGGCCAAGCAGGAGAAGCUCGCCAACGCCGAGCUCCUCGGCCGCGACAGCCAGCAGACCAUCGGCAUGAGCCAGGAGGACGCCCAGAAAAACGAGUCCUUCACCAGCUCCCUCAUCACCAAGAUCGUCGACAACCUCCAGAUCACCGUCCGCAACAUCCACAUCCGCUACGAGGACCGGCUGUCGAACCCGGAGCACCCAUUCUCGGCCGGCAUCACGCUGGCCGAGUUCUCGGCGGUCUCGACCGACGCGAAUUGGACGCCCACGUUCAUCCAGAGCAGCGCCGAGGGCAUCCACAAGCUCGCACGCCUCGAGUCGCUCGCCGUCUACUGGGACACGGACUCCGAGUCGCUCGCCGGCCACGAGGUGGCCGAGGCGCAGAAGAGGUUCGGCGCCCUCAUUGCGCGCGAGGGCCAUGCGCCCGACCACCAGUUCAUCCUCAAGCCCGUGUCGGGCGCCGGAAGGCUCAUCAUGCGGCGGAAGAUGACGUCGGACACCCCAAAGCUGGAUGCUCAGCUGCUGUUCGAGGAGCUCGGCUUCGCCCUCGACGACGAGCAGUACCGCGACGUCAUCUCGGUCGCCGACCUCUUCCACUUCUACACGCGCCAAGCCCAAUACCGCCGCUUCCGGCCCAGCGCCGAGCAGCUCGACGAGAAUCGGCCGAGGGCGCUGCUGCGCUUCGCCGGUCAGGCGAUCCUCAACGAGGUCCACGAAAAGCACCGCACCUGGACAUGGGACUACCUCCGCGAGAGGCGCGACGACCGCAAGGAGUACGUCGCGCUGUUCAAGGGCAAGCAGAAGCAGGCGGAGAAGGUCAAUCAGCAGCAGGCCGGUGUGGCCGUGGCGCAGAGCGACGAGGGGGGCCGGCUGCGCGAGCUGGAGCGCAAGCUCUCGUACAAGGACAUCCGCUUCUACCGGUCGAUAGCACGGCAGGAGCUCAAGAAGGAGGCGGCCGAGGCCAAGAGGGACGAGGUCGCGCACGGCGGAGGCGUCGGCGGCAUCGGUCUCGGUGUCGGUGGCGGUCAGCAGGGCGCGAACAAGGGCGGCGGAUGGCUCAGCUGGAUCUGGGGCGGCGGCGGAGGAGCGGGCCAGCAGAAGCACGGCGACGACUCGGGCAUGCUGAGCGACGAGCAGCGCAAGGAGCUCUACGACGCCAUCGAGUGGGACGAAGAGGCCAGCGCCACCGCCUUGGCCCAGGCGGUCGAUGCGCCGCGCGACGCCAUGAAGAUGCGCCUCAUCACCAAGCUCAAGACGGGCUCCAUUGCCCUGCGCGACCACUCGCGUGGCAGCGACGUCCUCUCGCUGGUGUUUGACUCGCUGCAGGCGGACGUCAUCCAGCGGCACGACAACCUCGAGGCCGCCGUCGCCCUUGGUGGGCUUCGCGUCUACGACGGCACCACGCCCAACUCGCUCUACCCGCAGAUUGUCCGCGUCAAGGACGAAGAGGUGCCCGGCCGCCAGACUUCCGACAGCUCCGACCUGCGCGAGAUCGAGGCCGAGGUCGGGCGCGAGAGUGACCCGGACAACCCGUUCUUCUACGUCAAGUACGAGAACAAGCCGCUCGACGACCGGGCCGACAACGCGGUGACGCUCAAGAUGCGUUCGAUGGAGAUCAUUUACCACCGCGGCUACGUCGAGUCGAUCGUGAGGUUCUUCAAGCCGCCCGAGAGCGAGCUCGAGCUGAUCGGCGCGCUGAUCGACGUGGCCAGCGAGACGAUCGAGGGCAUCCGGAAGGAGACGCGGGCGGGCCUCGAAAACGCGCUGCAGAACCACAAGACGAUUGACAUCGUCGUCGACGUCAAGGCGCCCAUCAUCAUUGUGCCAGAGGAUGUCACGACGGAGCGGUGCCAGCACAUCGUUCUCGACGCCGGCCACAUCGGCGUCCAGUCGGUCCUUGCCGACCAGGGCGCGCUCGACACGGUGCGCGCCAAGCAGAACAAGGCCUACACCGACGACGACUACCGCCAGCUCGAGGACCUCAUGUACGACCGCUUCUUUGUCAAGCUCGAGUCGGCGCAGCUGGUCAUGGGCAACAACCUCAAAUCCUGCAUUGCCGGCCUCACGUCGGAUUCGACCGACCAUGGCCUGCACCUGCUGGAGCGCAUCAACCUCAACUUCACCCUGCACAAUUCGAUACUCCCGUCGGCGCCCAACCUGACCAAGUUCAAGAUGACGGGCCACCUCCCCACGCUGCGGCUCAACUUCUCCGACCGCAAGUACAAGACGCUGAUGCGUAUAAUCGAGGUGGCGCUGCCCAACUUCGACGACGGGGACGGCGACGGUGCCGGCGCAGAAGCCGAGACCGCUCGCCUGGAUCCCAUCACGGAGGAGCUCGAGCCUUCCGCCGUGAAUCAGGGCGCCGACGAAGACGGCGAUGGUGACGGCGAAGGGCGGUAUGCCACGGCGGCGACUUCGCGCAACGGCUCGAGAUUCUCGGCCGCGGGCGGCGCCGCCUCGGGGCGGGCGCUCGACCUCAACAAGGAGCGCCGCCUACGCCUCGCCGGCCAGCUGCGCGGCGAGGACGACUUUGUGCUGGACGACGCCGACGACGACGACGGCAAGGACGACUUCCAGGACGCCGAGGACGCCACUGCGGAUCGGAUCAACGCGCACCAGAAGAACUUUGAGAUCAACUUCGUCGUCGACUCGCUACACGCCUCCAUCUACCGCUCCAAUACGGAUCCAGAGCAGCCCGAUCGCCUGCUGGUCGAGGCGGUGUUCGAGGGGUUCCUGCUCAAUGUCGCCAUCUUCCCCUUCCACAUGGAGGUCGAUGUGGGCCUGCGCAGCCUCGAGCUCGAGGACAAGAUCGUCGAGCAAGCCGCGCAGUUCCGACACCUCAUCACGUCAAAGCACGUCAAGGACGGCAGCACCCCGCCCGCCUCGCGAUCCACCACCGCCGAUCCCGCCAACGGCAACGGCAACGCCGCCGCGGUCCCCGACAGCCGCGACCUGACUCGCCCGAGUUCAUGA